AUGUCCGCCCAGCUCCCGCCUCUCGACUCGCUCACCGACCCCGCCAAGCUGACGCAGUGCCUUUCAACGCUGUUCGAGCCGAGCACGGCGCUGAAGGAGAUUCUUGUCCCGCAGCUCGUAAAGAAGUACAAGGCAGACGGCACGCCACUCUCGUACGCUGGUGUCAUCCACGACUGCGCCGAGGCCAGCAAGGAGUGGACGUGGGAGCAGAAAUCCGACUUCGUCACUGGCCACCCCUUGAUCGGUGCCCCUGCCACCGGCCUCUCCGGUAAGGAGCAGGGAACUGAGACGACCAAGGUCGUUCUUGACCGCCUCCAGCACAUCGCCAUUGCCAGUGUCCUCAAGCAGCUCAACUCGCUUUACUCCCAGGCCUUCCCGGACCUGACCUUCAUCACGUUUGUGAACGGACGCCCGCGCUCUGAGAUCGUCAACGAGAUGGAGCGCAAAAUCGGCCUCCCCGAGAGCCCGAAGCCACUCCCCGACUCGUUCGACUGCGGCUCCACGACGAUCGACCCCAAGCUCGUCCGCAAGAAAGGCUCCCCGGAGUGGGAGGAGGAGUGUGACCGCGACGUGAACGACGUUUGGCGCAUCGCGCGCUCCAGGCUGCGCACCCUCGGCGUCGAAUUCCCAGGCUACAAGCCUCCCGACAUUCCGCCUCGAGCUCCCUCAGCGUUGCACGUCUGGCAGCGCGGUCCUGGCGCCGGAGCACCUUCCUGGUCGCACAAUGAGAUGAGCACCAGCGGCACGGAUCACGCUCAUGACCGGAUACCGGGGUGGGUUUGA